AUGGAUGAUGAAAUUAAUAUUUUAUCUCAUAAUAGAAAAAAAAGAAAAUUGAUUUAUUCAGAAGACGAAGAUGAUGAUUGUGUUUUAGAAAAAGAGUUUACAAAUUCAGCUGAUAAAAAUAAUAAGUGUUCACAAAUAAGAAAUAAUCAAAGCAGUACUUUUAAAUCAAAUGAUAAUACAAAUUUAGCUAAAAAAUCACCUGCAAACAAGGGUAAGACAAAUUCCAAAGCAACUGAUAGUUUACCUAAACUUAGCAAACCAUUAUAUGAAUUUAAAUUUGUUCAUCAAACAUUGGAAUGGCUUCAACCAAACAAAAGAAAAGAUAUAGAGGGUCGAUGUGUCGAUCACCAAGACUACGAUCCUCGCACCUUAUAUGUGCCCCCUUCAUACCUAUCCAAGGCCACUCCCGCUCUCAGGCAAUGGUGGAAGAUCAAAGCUCACCGAUUUGAUUGUGUCCUGUUUUUCAAAGUGGGGAAAUUUUACGAACUUUAUCAUAUGGACGCCGUUCUGAGUGUUAAAGAGUUGGGUUUAACCUUUAUGAAUCUCGUAUCUGCCCAUUCGGGGUUUCCCGAAAUAUCUUGCGGUCGAUUUGCAGACGCUUUAGUCCAAAAAGGUUACCGCGUUUGUAGGGUAGAGCAAACGGAAACUGUUACUGCAAUGGAAAAAAGACGCGAGAAUAGAGAUGGUUCGAAAGACAAAUUAGUCAACAGAGAAGUUUGCCGUAUCAUGUCAAAGGGCACCAAAACGUUCAGCUACCUAGAUUCCUUAGCCUUAGAGACCGUUCCGGAUAAUAGAUAUCUGUUGGCCUUGACCGAAAUAUACCUUAACCCAUCUUCUCUCGAACAAAAUUCAGUAAAAUUGCAACCCUUAAGAUACGGGAUAUGUUGUGUAGAUACUACGGUGGGAAAAUUUUACAUUGGAGAGUUUUUUGACGAUUCUCAACGAUCAAGUCUCAGAACCUUUAUAACCCAUUACCCUCCUGUUGAAGUGCUUUUUGAAAAAGGUAAAAUAGCAAAAGACACCAUAAAAAUAAUAGAUCACAGUUGUUCUCACCCAUGUUUGAAACAAUUUUUGAUAGCGGGUAAAGAAUUUUGGGAUGCCUCUACCACUUUGCAACAUUUUAAAGAAUAUAGUUAUAAAUCAUCCGAUGUUGUCAAUACUUCAAACCAAAUUGGUAGGAUGAAUUUUGAGCAAAAUCUGUUAUCUUUAGAUGUUGUUAUCGCACAAAUGACUGAUCAAGCCGAUUUAUUAGCCUUAACGCCCAAGAAGGACUGUGCCUUGGCUUUAAAAUCUUUAGGAGCUUGCGUUUGGUAUUUAAAAGAUUCGCUAAUAGAUGCUGAAAUACUCUCCAUGGAAAACAACGUUGAAAUAUAUGUUCCCCCUACAGGCAGAAUAGGAGAUACUGAUAAAAAGGAUAAUUUAAAUGGCAUAUAUUAUCCUUCGACCGAAUCUUCGAUAUUUAAACAUACCAACAAUCAAAAGAGUAUGAUUUUGGAUGAUAUUACCUUAGCUAACCUCGAUGUUAUAAAUCCGAUUAUUUCAAACGGUUCCGUUAACGAUAUUCUAUCUCUUUAUGACCGAUUGAGCGCAUUGACUUCCACCUCUAUGGGUAAACGUCUGCUGACAAAAUGGCUUUGUUCACCUCUUAAUGACAUAAUAGCUAUCAAUAAUCGCCUAGACGGUGUUGAGGCUCUCGCGUCAGGUGGGAAUGAUAGGAAACUACUCGAUGAUGUAAGUUGUAUGGCCAAAAGUUUGCCUGAUCUAGAAAGGCUGCUUCAAAAAAUUCAUGGCUUGAGUUAUAGUAGACCAGCCUCCCAUCCCGAAUCGCAAGCAGUCAUGUUUGAGGAAGCGACCUAUAGCAAGAGAAAGAUUGAAGAAUUCGUUUCAACUUUGAAAGGAUUUAACACAGUUUGUCAACUCAUUGGUAAGAUUGAUCACGAAAGAGUAUCGAGCUCAAAAUUAUUGUCAGAUAUCCUAAAUGCCAAAAAGAAAGAUGGCGAAAAUGUUUGGACAUUUAUUGACAAAUUUAUCAAUGAUUUUACAUCCAAAUAUGAUUUUGAGAAAGCCAAAUCGAACGGAGUGUUGAUACCAGAACCAGGGAUCGUUCCGGAAUAUGACGAAGCCGAUGAAAAUGCCAAGAUACUCGAGUUAGAUUUGCACAAAUAUUUGAAAAAACAAGAAAAGGCCAUCAAUUGUAAAUUGGUUUAUUGGGGAACUGGUAAGAAUAGAUUUCAAAUGGAAAUACCCGAAAGUCAUUAUAAAAAGGUUCCAGACUAUUUUGAGAUCAAGAGUCAGAGAAAAGGCGCUAAAAGAUACAGGACAAAAGAAAUAGAAUCAAUGCUUCAAAGUUUGACUGAAUACGAAUACAGAAGGGAUCAGGGUUUAUCUCAAUCUAUGCGAAAGAUUUUCGCGAAAUUUGAUCAAAACUCAGAUAUAUGGAAUUUUGCGGUUCACGCCAUUAGUCGACUGGACGUAUUAAUAGCUUUCGCAAGAUACAGUUUUUACGAGAAGGACUCAAACUCAAACAAUUUUUGUGUAGAAAAUCGAUGCAGACCCAUAAUUGUUACAAAAGAAAAACCUUAUAUAAAAAUCAGAGGUUCAUCACAUCCUUGUCUCAAUUUUAACACUUUUUCCGGCGGGGAUUAUAUUCCAAACGAUAUAAAUAUCAAUUGCGAGGAGACAAAAUCGUUGAUAGUUAUAACCGGACCCAAUAUGGGCGGUAAAUCAACUCUCCUUAGACAAGUCGGUCUUGUCACUAUUUUAGCUCACGUGGGAUGUUACGUUUCAGCAGAAUUUUGUGAAAUGUCAUUAGUCGAUAGGAUAUAUACACGAUUAGGAGCCAAGGAUAACAUUAUAAAGGGGGAAAGUACAUUUUUUGUCGAACUCAAAGAAACAUCUGCUAUCUUGACUCACGCCACAAUUAAUUCUUUAGUUUUGAUGGACGAAUUAGGAAGGGGUACUGCUACUUAUGAUGGUGUAGCGAUUGCUGAUUCCGUUAUAAAAUACAUUCGAGAUAAUAUCAAAUGUAGAACCUUAUUUUCCACCCAUUAUCAUUCGCUUGUUGACGAGCUUAAGCAUCGAGACGACGUUUCCUUAGCUCAUAUGGCAUGCAUGAUCGAAACAUCCGACGAUUCCUUAUUUUGUCAUGGUGAUCAAGAAAAUGAAAAGGAUAUAGAUCAAGAGAAGGAAUUAUACCCCGAUAAAAACGUCUUGACAUUUUUAUACAAACUAAGCCCAGGGCCUUGUCCUAAUAGUUAUGGGUUUCAUGCUGCCCUAUUAGCCGGCAUGCGUUACGAUAUUGUUAACAAAGCCUAUAAAGUGGCAAAAAAUUUUGAAAAUGAAUUUGUCAUACAUACUAAUUUUAAUCGCUUACUACAGUGCAUUGGAUAA